AUGGCUCUUGAAUCAGUGAUUCCUGGUUUAGCUAUAACUGGAUGUGUUUUCUGUGGUAUUAUUGCUGUCAUACAUAUCUAUAUAUUUAUUUUGGAAUCAAUACUUUGGCGAAAACGAGCAGCUAAAUCAUUUAAAUUAUCACAAGCAGUUGUUGAUGCUAGUGCUGGUUUAGCUGCUAAUCAAGGUUUUUACAAUCUUCUACUUGCUGCUGGUCUUAUUUGGGGUUUAGCAGAAUUAAAUGCUAGUACAAUGUUAUUCUUUUUAGCAGCAGUAUUUACUGCUGGUAUUUUUGGUGUAAUUACAUCAUCACCUCGUAUAUUAAUUGUACAAGUUAUACCUGCGUUACUCGGUUUUAUUUUUGUUGCUUUUGGUUUUUUUCCAACGAAGGAUUGGUCUUAUUGGAGACAUCCAUUAUAUUUAGUAUUAAUUUUAAUUGGUGCUGGUCUUGUAACAGCAAUUUUAAGUUUUAUUAUAAAAAAAAAAUUUCUGGAUACUAUUCCGAAAGUGUCUUCGAGAUUAGCACCAGCUAACGAUGACAUACACUUCUGA